AUGCUCGGUUCAUUGAGCGUCUCGCAGAGAGCCAGCAUCACUCUGAGGAAAGGAAGAGACUGAUGUAUCACAAGUGAAGAACGAGAAACCACAGAGAGGCCUCCAUACAUUCGUGAUUGAAUGUGAGUUGACUUUGACCAUACCAAAGUGAAGAUGAAGUUGCUAUGGAAACUGCUGGUUCUGCAGUCAUUCCUGGGGCGCCUUGCAGGCAACACGCUGCAGAGCCCCGUGUUCACAAAGCAGCCAGGCAGCAUUGUGUUUCCAGUAGACUCCAUGGAGAAGAACAGGGAGGUGGUUUUCAGCUGUGAGGCUCAAGGUGACCCUCCUCCUUUUUACAGGUGGAAGCUAAAUGGCAGUCUGCUCAACCCUAAACCCGGCUCCCAUCACAGCCUCUCUGGAGGUAACCUUCGCAUCAACCAUCUCAAUAAAGAACAGGACGCUGGGACCUAUCAGUGCCUUGCUUCCAACUCCUUCGGGACUAUUGUCAGCAGGGAGGCCAGCCUAACCUUUGCCUAUUUGGAAAACUUCAAAGCCCACAAGCGGAGUUCUGUGUCUGUCCGGGAAGGACAAGGAGUGGUGCUUCUCUGUGGGCCGCCCCCUCACUCCGGAGCUUUGACGUUCUCCUGGAUUUUUAAUGAGUACCCGUCAUUUGUGAAGCAGGAUUCUCGUCGUUUCGUGUCCCAGGAGACAGGGAAUCUAUACAUUGCUAAAGUUGAGCCAUCUGAUGUGGGCAACUACACCUGUGUUGUGACCAAUACUGUCACCAAAACACGCGUCCAAGGCCCGCCUACUCCUCUGAUACUGCGCAAUGAUGGUGUUAUGGGAGAAUAUGAGCCAAAGAUUGAAGUGCAGUUUCCAGAGAUCAUUCAAGUGGCCAAAGGUUCAACUGUGCAUCUGGAGUGUUUUGCACUGGGGAAUCCAGUACCAUCCAUGAGUUGGCAUCGGGUUGACGGAGUCCCAUUCACCCGUAAAGUGGAUGUAAGAAAAACCAGCGGCGUGAUGGAAAUCCCUUACUUCCAGCAAGAAGACGCGGGCACGUACGAAUGUGUGGCAGAGAACUCGAAAGGAAGAAACUCUGUGCAGGGAAAGCUGUCUUUCUUUGCCUCCCCCCAGCUAAUUGACAAGCCCCAGGAUGUGCAGAAGGCCAUUGAUGACUCUCUGGUGUGGGAAUGCAAGGCCACAGGGAAGCCCAAACCCUCGUACAGGUGGCUGAAGAAUGGAGAGAACCUGGAGCCCACUGAGGAGAGGGUGCAGGUCAUUAAUGGCGCCCUGUCCAUCACUCGCCUGGUGCUCUCCGAUAUUGGAAUGUACCAGUGCGUGGCUGGGAACAAGUAUGGAGAAGUGUACUCCAAUGCUGAACUCAGAGUUAUCGCUGUCGCUCCUGAUUUCUUCCAAAAUCAGCUGAAGAGCCACACUUUAGUCAAAGAAGGCGGCGAUGUUCUCAUUGAAUGCAAGCCAAAGAUGUCUCCUCGAGGCACGAUCUCCUGGCACAAAGACAACGACGCCCUCCGAGAAAGCAGCAGAAUUGCUAUACUGGAGAGUGGAAGCCUUCGGAUAUCCAACACCACUAAAGCGGAUGCUGGCAUGUACACGUGUGUUGCCCAUAACCAGUUUGGCGAGGCCAGCAGCUCUGGAAACCUGCUUGUUAAAGAGCCAACAAUCAUUACAACUGCUCCCAACACGUUGGACGUGACUGUCGGCGAGAGCAUCAUUCUUCCCUGCCAGGUGUCCUACGAUUACUCGCUGGAGCUCAAGUUCACCUGGUUUUUCAACGAGCAGCUCAUCCACUUCGGCAGCCACGGAGGAUACUUUGAAAAAGUUGGCGGACAGCACUCGGCAGGUGACAUCAUGAUCCGGAACAUUCAGCUGAGGCAUGCUGGGAAGUACACGUGUGCAGUGCAGACUAAGGUGGACAGCAGCUCCAUUGCAACCGACCUGAUUGUCAGAGGUCCCCCCGGCCCCCCUACCAGCAUCCAUGUGGAAGAAAUCACAGAUACCACUGCCACUCUCUCCUGGAGGCCUGGUCCUGAUAAUCACAGUCCAAUUACUGCCUACACCAUCCAGGCUAGAACCCCUUUCUCCCUCGGCUGGCAAGCUGUUAGCACAGUGCCGAAGGUGGUCGGGGGCUCACAUCUGACUGCUACAGUCAUCGAGCUUAACCCCUGGGUGGAGUAUGAAUUCAGAGUGUUGGCAAGCAACGCAGUGGGCACAGGAGAGCCCAGCAAACCCUCAAAGAAAGCCAGGACGAAAGAAACGGUUCCCAAGGUCACCCCAGCCAACGUGAGCGGAGGAGGUGGCAGUCGAUCAGAGUUAGUCAUCACUUGGGAGCCGGUUCCUGAAGAGCUGCAGAACGGAGCAGGGUUUGGCUACGUCGUUGCUUUCCGGCCCUUCGGCACCACCGGGUGGAUGCAGGCGGCAGUUCCCUCUCCUGAAGCCUCCAAAUACAUCUUCAAAAACGAGACCAUUUUACCCUUUACUCCAUUCCAAGUCAAAGUGGGGGUGUACAAUAACAAGGGGGAAGGACCUUUUGGACCUGUGGUCACCAUCUACUCUGCUGAGGAGGAGCCUGGAAGGGCACCCAGUCGACUCAGAGCCAAGAGUCUUUCAGCGUUUGAUGUUGAGGUAUACUGGAAAGCCCUUCCCUGGAGCACAAGCAAGAAACGUGUUCUCGGCUAUGAGUUGAGAUACUGGGAGAAGAAUGAGAAAGAAGACACAGCUAGUUUGCUAAGGACAGUAGGAAACCGGACGAUGGCCAUUAUUCAGGGCUUAAAAGGAAGUACCACCUAUUAUAUAAAGGUGAGAGCCUACAACACAGCAGGAACAGGACCAUCAAGUCCAGCGGUCAACGUUACCACUAAAAAGCCUCCCCCCAGCCAGCCGCCCUCAAAAGUCAUGUGGAAUACAUCAAACUCCAAAAUCAUUCUGAACUGGGAACAGGUGAAACCUCUGGAAAAUGAAUCUGAGGUCAUGGGGUACAAGGUACUGUAUAAGCGGAACCAAUUCAGCAGGCCCAGCAUUAUGGAGACCAACACCACCUCAGUGGAGCUGUCACUACCCACAGAUGAGGAGUACAUCAUCCAGAUCAGACCUUUUGGAGAAGGAGGGGAAGGCAGCAGCAGCCGACAGAUCACCAUUCCCAAAAUAUCAGGUCCCAAUGCCAUCGGCUCGGCUUCCAGUGUGUCCACUCUCUCUGCUCUCAGUACAAUAGCUCUCUCCCUCACAGCUCGCACAUCUUUAUGACAGAACACAGCGCGGGCCGCUGACUUCAGACGAAACACUCUUCCUCGAGAGGAGACUGAGAAAAGUGACUCAGAUCGAUGAAAACCCAUUCAUACAAACCAGAGGACCUACGUGAACAAUAAUACUGGGAUAAAGAGAAAAAGAUUUUUAAAAACGGGUGUGUGGUUCGCUAGCCAAUUCAAAAAAGAUUGAAGGCUGAUGGGAUUGAAUUUGAUGUUACCAAAGCAGCUUAAAA